AUGGCAGAUAAAAGCCCCAGCAAAGAGACCGCCGAUGCGGAUCCACCGACCAGCCCGGUUCAAGCGAAGGCUCCAGCAAGCCCCACGGGCAGCACUGCAUCGGCUAGCUCGUCCAGCUGGUGGGGCUCUUUCAUAGACACAGCCCGCACAAAGUCCGCAUCGGUCCUGGAGGCGGUCAAAAAUGACCUCACAGAGCUGUCGACCGUGGUCAAGUCGGAGGCAUCGAGCGCUACGGAGGCCCUCGGUCGAACGCUCAACCUGGGCGAACCGGACUCGACCGUCGGUGCGAUGAAGAAAAGCUUCAGCAGCUUCCUUGGUCAGGUCACAGAGGCGCUCGUGCCGUCCCUUGAGGAAGACGAAGAAACAGAAGCGGUGCUGAUCACGGCCGAUGGUACGAUCACGCUAACCGGAUUCUACAAGCACCUGGCGGAGCUGCAGGCAAAAGAUGACACCUACCUGGACGAGCCGGCGGACGAGCUGCGCGAGAAAUACAAACGCUGGAUGGAGGUUGUCGAACAGGAACAGUUCACCGAACCACGGCUCGCGAAGCACCUGAACAGCAGUACGAUCCUGAACGAGAAGUAUGUCACCCUGGUGCCUGGUAAAGUUGCUCACAUGAAUUUCUGGAAGAGGUAUCUCUUCAAGAAAGCCUUGCUCGAGGAUGCAAUCGCGAAUGCGGAGCUUGCUGAACGUAAGGCGAAAGCUGCAGUCGCGUCUACGGAAACGUGCGCCCCAAACAAAACCAUCGUACAAACGGAUCAGCCGAGACGAACCAUCGAAGAAGCAACCGAACCGGAAGAGACACUCACUGACGAUCUGGCGUGGGCCGAAGUGCCUGAAUUCGACGCAACGAACAUCGAGCUGUCCGAGGAGGAGCAAGCCCGCCUGUUGGAAGAGUACGAGCAGGAGAUCCGGGAGCGCGAAAAAUCGCUUACGACCAGCGUCAGCGGUGGUAAGCUUGACGUCGUCGAUGAAUCGCUGCUGAUUCAGUCCGACAUCGAAAGCACCCCGCAGAAAACACCGAAAGCGAAGGCGGUCUCGGUAGUAGAAUCGAGCGCUAAGCCGACCCCAACAGCGGCGGCGCCAAGUGGCAAAAAGGACCCGAAGUCAACGAAUAACCAAAAAACCGGCACCCAACAGCAAAACAAAUCCGGUGGAUCCCAGCCACAGCAGCAACAGGGCAACAAGUCAUCGAAUGUGGGUGGUAAAAAUGUAAAUAGCAAAGGCCAGCAGCAGGCAAACGCGGGCAAGAAGGGUGCUGCCGGUUCGCAGCAACAGCAGGCAGGUGGCAAGAAAAAGGAUCAGCUCAAGAUGGACAAGAACCACUUUACGAAGGAAGCCGAAGCUUCUUCAUCGAAUUCAGACGAAAGCUGGGAGAAAGAGUUCGAGCUGGAAUGAGGCGAAGCGAUCGAUCUGCGCCGCGAGCUUGCUGAGUGCGCCGAUUGGUCAUAAUUUCGUCGUUUUUUCCUAAUUUCCGGUUAUUUUCUUACCUAUGCCAAUCUCCUCCCGACGGUGGACAAGCGAAUGGAUGAAAUGAUUUUACGCAGCAAAAAAAAACACAGCCAGAGAAAAGAAGGGAUUUAUGCAAUGGUUCACGCGUUCCAUUUAAAUAUGCUUCAACCGUUACGUUCCUUCACCUACCCGCUUCGUGUGCGGAUGUGGGCGGAACGGCCGGGAUGAGCAGGAAGAAGCCCCAGUUCACGGGCAAACAGAAACGUGCAACGUUUGUGUAAUCUUCUGAUUUAUUUUACUACGUUAUAAUGUUAGACUAUUAGUUAAGCAGUAAGGCAGGCGUACACAAUGGGUGUAUUGGUCUUGGGAGAGAUACUAGCGGGUUUCGGACCCCCUGUGGUUAUCGCGAAUGAAUUGCUUUAUGUUGCAUAUGCAAAUGCACUUCUAGCCGAAUAUUUGCGUACUUGUGUAUUUUCGGAUCUGUUUUCUGCAAAAAAAACCUCCAUCUCGUUAGAGUUAGUGUUCGUUUCGGGAGCGGAUUAAUAGCAUUUCGGAAGCAGCCCUUUGCUCCUGGGUCGCAGAAAAAUGCUCCAGAUGCUCCCGUACGCGGGUAGAACGCAUCGGAAACGAAACCACACAACGCUAGCACCUUAGUUAGGCGAUCGUUCAGUUCUGUUUUUGUGUUUAGCUCGGUAAGCCCAGGACAUUCGUUUAAACGUGAUCGUGACCGCGAAAUGAGCGCAGUUAGGGCGGGCAGGAUGCGCGUGUUUUCCCGAUCGUUUGUAUCACAGUAAAUGAUAAAUAAAGUGAAUCGUAUUUUAUUACCAAC